UUCAAAAUGGAGGUUCUAGGCAGCAAGUGCUCUGUCAAUUAAGAAUAAUUAGCAUUUUGAACGUGUUUUUACAUAAAAUCAUAAUAUUUGUAGGCUUUCUUAAUUCUUUUUAAGCACCGUUGACGCUGUAGAAACCGUUUCACUCUCGAAAGAAAUUAAAAACAAAAAAAAUCGGGAAAUCCAAAUACGUACAGUACAUGACUCAAAAUAACUGAUUACUCAACAGUUUAUCCAAUCAUUUCAGUAUUUUUUUUGUAAACUAGCUGAUUGUUUAACUGCCUUUCUUGUGAUUAAGGCUUUACAAAGUAAAAAUGACAUCACAGCAAGGAGAACUGUACAAUGUACCAUUGUCUAGCGACAGCGAAGCAGGGGAACUGUCACUUCGUGGAAAUGUGUUCACCAAUCCAGCUGAUACGCAAAACACAAUUGUUGGAUCCAGCAGUGUAGAGUCUGACCUAAAUGGCGAUGAGGAAGAGGAGAAACAGCGCCUGAUUACUCAAGUCCUGGAGCUGCAGAAUACACUUGAUGACCUGUCGAGUCGUGUGGACAAUGUGAAGGAAGAGAAUUUGAAGCUGAAGUCGGAAAACCAGGUCCUUGGACAGUAUAUUGAGAACUUGAUGACCGCAAGCUCCGUGUUCCAGUCAACCUCGCCAAAGGCCAAGAAAAAGUCGAGCAAGAAGAAGGAGAAGCAGUAGUCUGGUUGCCAUGGAAACUGUUUGAAGCUGCUUUCUGGACCAAGUGCAAUAUCUCCACAGUCUUAAGUCUAUAUAUUUGUAGGCUAAGCUAUAUUUACUUCACUUCCUUUCAUGAUUAAACUUUUUCAUUUUCAAUUUAUUAAAAACAUGAAUACUUAUUUUGUUGAGUUAAACUGGAAGCCAACAGGGUGUUUGUUAUACGAGUACAUUGGAUGUAUUUUUUAAAAUUGUAUAAUCAUAAUAAAUGGAAUAUUUGAUCUAUUAAAUAUGAAAAUGAUACUCUUACAUGUUACACAGAUUAUUCUUUCCCUGAAAUUUGAAAGCUAAAUAUUUAUAUAAAACAAGUUUCUAUUUAUUUGUAAUAAAAGUUUGUAUCUUUUCAGUAGAUCUGAAGUUUACAUUUUAUGAACAUAUAUUUUGACAGUUCGUUUUUUAUAAUGAUUAUUUCAAAAUUAUUUUAUGGCUGAAGUAUUUUGAAAGUUGGAAAAAGCUUUCUCUUACUGAAUACCUUGAUAUAUAGCUGUAGAUCAUGUAAAAAGUUGUACAAAUGUUGUGUUUUUUGUUUAAAUAAUAAUGUUGUGUAAUUUCAUUAUUUUAUACCUUAAAGAUUUGCUUUACUAGCUUUAUAGUUAUGUUGUAAUAAAGUCUUUCACUUAAGAAACUU